AUGUCCCUUCAAGCGAUCAAAUUUGAUAGAGAGACCAUCUCACUCUCCAUAUUGGACCAACUUUUGCUUCCCUAUGCCACCGAAUACAUCACCAUCAACACCAUCGCUGAUGCCCACGAUGUCAUCAAAAAAAUGCAAGUUAGAGGUGCUCCAGCUAUAGCUAUUGUCGGUACUUUAUCGAUCCUCGUGGAGCUUAAUAUCUUUCUUGGUGAUAAAUUUAAUGGUCAAUCAUUUUAUGAUUUGAAAGAUUUCAACAACUUUAAAUCUCAAUUAAUUCAGAGAUUGGAAUAUUUGGUAACAAGUAGACCAACUGCUGUUAAUCUAUCAAAUGCUGUUAAUGAAGUUAUUGAAAUUAUUAAAUCCACAAGCGCAUCCACAAUUGAUGAACUUUACCCACAAAUCUUGAAGUUUGGCUGUGAUUUAAUCGAUGAUGAUUACACUAAUAACGUUAAAUUGGGUGAAAAUGGUAAAGAUUGGAUCUUGGAACAUUUAGCCAAAGAAAAUUUUGAAGGUGAUUUCAGCGUUUUGACAAUUUGUAAUACUGGUUCACUAGCUACAAGUGGUUAUGGUACAGCCUUGGGUGUUGUUAGAUCGUUAUGGAAACAUGCAGAACAAUUCAAUACAACAAUCAAUGAAGAUGAGCCAGCUACCAAAAAAAUUAAGACUACAACUGCUAAAUUUUCACGUGUAUACCCAUUGGAAACUAGACCGUAUAACCAAGGUGCUAGAUUAACUGCUUACGAAUUAGUUUAUGAAAAAAUCCCUUCAACACUAGUCACUGAUUCAAUGGUUACUUAUUUAAUUUCAUCAUUGAAUAAAGAUCCAUCAAAACCUCCAAUUAAGGCAUGUGUCGUUGGAGCUGAUAGAAUUGUUAAGAAUGGUGAUACUGCAAACAAAAUCGGUACUUAUCAAUUGGCCUUAAUCUGCAAACCAUUUGGUAUCAAAUUCUUGGUUGUUGCGCCAAAGACUACAAUUGAUCUUAAAACUCAACAUGGUGAUGACAUCGUUGUGGAACAAAGACCAGCUAAUGAAUUGCAAAAUGUCAGUGGUGGUGUUAUUGAUCUUACUACUAAUGAAGUUGUAAGAAAUGAAAAAGGUUAUGCUGUUAGUGGUAAAGUUGGUGUUGCAGCACCGGGUAUUGAAGUAUGGAACCCAUCUUUUGAUAUCACUCCUCAUGAUUUAAUUGACGGUAUUGUCACCGAAGACGGUGUGGUCACAAAGGUUAAUGGUGAAUUCGACCUAGAAGCUUUGUUUAAAUAG